AUGCAUUUAAGUCUCGCUGAUUACUACGCAACUAAUUACACAAAAUGCAAUCUCACUUUUAGUUUUCUUGCUUCUUGGAAAGGAGUCGUUUAUCCAACGCACACUUUCCAAUUAAUUGCAUUAUCAUUACAACUUCUAUCAUUUUAUGUUAUUCUAACAAAAACCCCGGCAUCAAUGAAAAGUGUGAAAUGGCCGUUGUUCAUCAAUCAUUUGUGUUGCAUUUGGUUUGAUUUCAGUAUAUGUACUUUAUCGACACUCUACAUCAUCUAUCCCGUACUUGGUGUUAUAAGUCUUGGCUUACUGAACUCACUCGGAGUGCCUGCAAUCGUGCAGCUUUGUUUAGUAGCGGCAAGUGCGAUUCUGGCUGCAUCAUCAUACAUAUUUCUUUUUGAAAGCCGAAGCAAUUAUCUCAUGCAAAAUAUAUUUCGAAUGAAGAAAACACGGACGAGAGUAUUAUACCAUUUGAUUGUGUUUCUGAUCAAUGCAAGUGGUUUGAUUAUGGUGUUGAAACUGCCGACAGAUCAAACAACAGCAGUACUGGACUCGUUGAACAUUUACCCAUGCCCAACAAGAGAAUUUUUCGAGUUUCCAGUUUUAAUAAUGUCUACUGAUGAGCACAUCUUGCGCUGGUUAACCUGGUUUUUUUUGCCGCUGUUCGUUUUGAACGGUGGUGCAAACGCAACAUUUCACAUUGUCACGACAAUUUAUUAUUUGUAUGUUGUGCCGCCAAGCACAAUUUCACGAGAAACUCAGCAAAAUCAGAAGGCAUUUCUCAAAGCAAUUACAUUUCAAUUAGCUGUUCCGUUUCUUCUCGCAGAUACACCUGUUUUUAUUAUCACUGUAAUCUAUUCAACGGGGUAUUACACUCAAAAAUCUAUGAAUCUUGUUAUUGACAUUUUGGCUCUUCAUGGAAUUGGCGAAGGUAUUGCGAUCAUCACUGUACACAAGCAUUAUAGAAACGCAGUAAAACAUAUUAUUAGUCAAUGUGUGGGAAAAUUGAUCAAACGUGAUACUUCUGUUCGCGAUACCCGCGUUGGAUCAAAUAAUUAUUUACAAUGA